AGCUACGUGGUGUUGCAACUAUUUACACAAGCGACGCUGAAGCCACUCUGCUGGGUGAUGUUGGAUAUUGUGGCAGCUGAAUUGUGCGUUUUGGCACAAUCCCGUCAUAUUUAAAACGCUUGCGGACCUGUGCUGUGGGACGAAAAGAAGCAGUUUAAGUUCUCGGGACCGGUCAUGGCAAAGAAAUCAGAAAAACCCGAUUGGGUGGUUUUGUUUUCUACGACUAUAGCAAUACUUGUGUGGAUUCCCGUCAGCGCACAACCUUCCAGGACCUCGGAGCCUCUUGUGAUACCUCGAGUUGUUUCUCGGAUGUAUCUGAGUCCAGAUGAGCUCAGGAAACUCCGCUUUAAGCCCACCGUAGGCACCAUUCAGCUGUCAGAGGGCCAUGAAGCCAAACUGAACUGUUCCAUUGAAAUUCCUGAUACCAGACUGGAGCCCGCCAUCCUGUGGGUGAAGGAUAGUAAGGAGCUGUCGCCAAACAUCCAUGUGGUGAUGAAUGAGCUCCACUCCAUCACAGAUGGGGUAUCAACUCUCCUCUCCACUGUCAUCAUUAAACAUGUGCAGAGAGUGGAUGCUGGAGAUUAUCGAUGCCGACUGAGUAUCAGCAACAUGUUGGUAGAGUCUGAUCCGAUCAGCAUUCGGGUAGAAGGUCUGCCAACAUUUGUCAAGCAACCAGAGGACAAGAACGUAACAAAAUACACACCUUUCACCCUGUCCUGUGAAGCGGUGGGACCACCAGGCCCUGUUCAUAUCCGCUGGUUCCGUGAUGGAUCACCUUAUACUGAGGUUUUCAGCUCUCCCAGCAACUUCUCUGUACCAGGUGUGGAUAAAUACACUCGGUUCAGCUGUGAAGCUAACAACACAAAGGGCAUCACCACAUCCAGAGAAGCACACGUCAAUGUUAAAGUUCGUGCCAGACCUCCCACUCAUGUUACUGUGACAGAGAGGCAGUCCAAUAAGCUGACGUUGAGCUGGACUCCUGGGCACGAUGGCUUCUCUCCACUCACCACGUGCCGAAUCAGAGUUAGAGAGGUCAGUCGGAGGGAAGGGGAAGUGACGACCACCAGGUUCAUCAACGUCACAGUGCCGCCUUUUCACAGUGAAGUCCCUGGACUGCAGGCUAUGACAAAGUACAACCUGAGUGUUUCCUGCAGUAACGAACAGGGCGCCUCUCCAAACAGCAAGUGGGUCGAGAGCAACACCACAGAAGGAGUGCCAUCAAUUCAUCCCGGAAAUGUCACAGUGCAGCUUGAAGGCUCGAGCUUGGUGAUCGAGUGGAAACCUCCGCCCAGCGAUAAGAUAAACGGGAUCCUAAGUGGUUAUGAUGUCAUUGUUAGAUAUGGCACACGCCAGAAAAAGGUCCAUAGUCUUACCACUUGGACACGUGUGGCUGUGGAGGAAUUCAACAAAACCUACAGUGUGGAGGUGGCCGCAUGCACGCAGGCAGGAAGAGGCAUGGUCAGCCCACGAGUUGAAUUGUUUGUGCCAGAGGACAAAUCCACCGUACGCCCUUCAUCCGGCCCUGAGACAGCGGUAGCACACACCAACCAUGUUGUGGGGAUCGUGAUUUGUACCGUCUUUGUCCUGCUGAUCAUCCUCUCUGGGGUUCUCUAUUUUCGGAACAAGGCUUAUGACUCCUGUUUUGGGCAGCGGUGCAGAGAUGAAGAAAUGCUGCCGCCUGUCAUACAGUACACGCAACAGAGGUCCUACAACCGAUCAGCCAUAGGAGUCACUCUUGAGAACCUUGGGAUCAGUGAGGAACUGCAGGCCAAACUUCAGGAUGUGAUGGUAAUGAGAACUCUGCUCUCAGUGGGGAAGGUUCUUGGAGAGGGUGAGUUUGGUUCAGUGGUGGAAGGUCAUUUCACACAACCAGAUGGCACUUCAGAAAAGGUUGCCGUGAAGACAAUGAAAUUGGAUAGUUUUUCUCAAAGGGAGAUUGAAGAGUUCCUGAAUGAGGCCGCUUGCAUGAAAGAUUUCAACCAUCCUAAUGUCAUCAAACUGCUCGGUGUAUGCUUGGAAGUAGGCUCAGCACACUUUCCUAAACCCAUGGUAAUUCUGCCGUUUAUGAAACACGGAGAUCUGCAUAGCUUCCUGCUGCGUUCACGCCAUAGAGAGACUCCAAUGUUCUUGCCCACUCAGACACUCCUGAAGUUCAUGGUUGACAUUGCUUCGGGUAUGGAGUAUCUCAGUGGUCGUAACUUUCUGCAUCGAGACCUGGCGGCACGCAACUGCAUGCUGCGUGACGACAUGACAGUGUGUGUAGCAGACUUUGGACUAUCUAAGAAGAUCUACAGUGGUGAUUAUUACAGGCAGGGAAGAAUUGCGAAAAUGCCUGUAAAAUGGAUCGCAUUAGAGAGUCUGGCAGACAGAGUUUUUACUGUAAAGAGUGAUGUGUGGGCGUUUGGUGUCACCAUGUGGGAAAUUGCUACAAGAGGCAUGACGCCGUACCCUGGAGUCCAAAACCAUGAAAUUUAUGAUUAUCUAGUUGAAGGACACAGACUGAAGCAGCCCCCAGACUGUUUGGAUGAACUGUAUGAAAUCAUGUACAGCUGCUGGAGAGCCGAUCCGCUAGACCGACCCUUCUUUCCCCAGCUGCGAGAAAUGUUGGAAAAGCUCGCCGAAAAGCUUCCAGAGUCUUCCAGCAGGGAUGAUAUCAUUUAUAUCAACACCAGCUUUCCUGAGGAGGACCCCGAUCGAGAGGCAUUUCAAGCAGAGCCUCCUGUGUUGAGCUCCUCACCUUGCUGCAGCCGCAUGGCAGCAGAAAAUACAGUAGUUACCGCGGACAUUCACGGGAGCGUGGCGGAUGACCAGGAUGAUGGCAGCGAUCGCUAUGUGGUGGUGAUUUCCUCCAGUGCGCCCCCGAGAGCUGCAACAGUGGAUACGCCUCUCUUGUCAGAUGAUUCUUUAAGUCAAGCAAAUGGGACCACUGCAACAGCGAUGGAUCACAGCUUAUAUGACCCCGCCUUCAUGCUAUAGCAUUUGGUACUGAGCAGUUACAGCCCUCGCAUGGGUUGACAGUACUAAUAAUUUUGUCUUGUUGUACUGGAAGCACCUGCACAUUUCCUGCUAUGGACUUUCAUAGAUUGUUGGAGAGGCAUUUUAUGCUUUAAAUGGCCAGCCUACAUGUCAGUGUUUGUUUUUGCUUAUACUUUUUUUUUUUUUGCGUGUCAACCUCAAACACACUCAUGCACAUGUUCGAUAAGCUUAUGAUACUCUGAAAUGUGAAAAGUAUUUACUGUAUUGACUUCUGUGUUGCAGUGUAAAUAGAACAUUGUACAGAACAUU